AUGCCUGAAAUGUCUUGCAAACAUGCGAACCAAUUCUUCACACAGAAGACAAAUGAAAUUGCAUACAAAAAUAUAAUUAACCAUCUUGCUUUCCCAAAGUCCAAGCGUGAAUUCACUCAUAAGGCUUCAUUAUAUUGCGCUUUAUGCAAAACACGAGGUGAAGAUUUUGACGUUUGCAAUAAAGAUUUGAUAAGACCUAGAUGUUUGCUCGCAUGUGCUCAUUGUAUUCAUUUCGCUUGUUGGGAUUAUCGUCAUAUAUAUUUACACAGAGAAGACCAUCCUGAUCAUUAUCUUUCUGUUUGUACAGAACGUGGUGAAUUAUUUUGUACUGGUUGUGGUGAUUUUGUUUACCAUUCUGUGGCUGAAAGUUUUCAUCAGUCUGCAUGUCGCACUUAUUUAGCUCAAUUUGGUUUAUCCAAUCGUUAUUGGAGACCAUCGUUUAAUGAAUUACGCCUCAUACCUCAUAUCACUCCAGUAUUACCCUUAACUGUAAAUGGCUGUUCUGGAGCUAUGCGUGGUCUUAUCAAUAUGGGCAAUACAUGUUUCUUAAAUGUUGUCAUACAAGCGUUGACGCAUACACCCGUUUUACGGGAUUAUUUAUUGGCUGAUUUACAUAGGUGUUCAAGUCCAACUCGAUCACGUAACUGUUUAGCUUGCGAAAUGGUUCGUAUUACACAAGAGUUAUAUAAACCCGUUGUUACUCCAUUUGUACCAAAUAAUCUGCUGUAUGCAAUUUGGUUACAUGCAAGUCAUUUAGCUGGUUAUGAACAACGGGAUGCUCAUGAAUUUCUUAUAACAUUGUUGACUUUAAUACAUGGUCAUCUUGUUGGCGAGGAAUCACCACACGAUCAUGAAGAGAAUUGUACAUUGACUGGACAAAAACUUAUCAAUGAUCAACAAUCACGCUCUUCUAAUCCAGAUCGUAAUUUUAUUAAUACAAAUCAUAAUUUACUACAUCAUCAUCAGCAUAAUAGUAAAGUGAUUAGAGAAACGCCGAAAAUAAUCAAUUCAACUGAAUGUAUUCCACAACCGGAUUCAAAUUCACAAGCAUCAUCAGUAUCGAGUUCUCGAGAAAGUUCCGAUUCUUGUGAUUGUAUUGUUCAUCAGGUGUUUUUUGGUGAUUUGGAAUCUGUCAUAUCAUAUGAAGGUUGUGAGCAUAGAUCAUCAACAGUAGAUCCAUUCUUAGAUCUUUCAUUAGAUGUAAUUCAACGUGGUUCUACUUCAUUGCAAGCAUGUCUUGGAUCCUAUUUUCGACCAGAAUUAAUUGAUGGUUUAAUAUGGUGUUCACAAUGUAAUAUUGGUCGACCGGCUGUUAAACAAUUCAGUUUACUUCAUUUACCUAAUGUUUUAUGCUUUUAUCUCAAGCGUUGUCAUCAUGAUACGAAAAUCAAUACAUCGAUCACAUUCCCUGUUGAAUUGGAUAUGGCUCCGUAUUUACAUCAAAUUGUCGGCGACCAAUCAGCUUGGUAUGAUAAAUAUUCUCUAUAUGCUGUAUUAAAUCAUAGUGGUCAAACUAAUUCUGGUCAUUAUACAGCUUAUAUACGUGUUGGUCCUGGUGCUUGGUGUUUAUGUGAUGAUCAAAAAGUUGUAUCAGUUAAUUUAAAUGAUGUUUUACAUACAGAUGCAUAUGUAUUAUUGUAUCAUAAGAAUUUAUUAGCUGUACGCAUUUAAAUUUAUCUCUUCUUUUCCCUUGCCUUUCCUCUUUCUCUCUCCCCUCCCUAUCUCUCUCUCUCUCUCUUGGAUAUUUCUCCAAUUUAUUCCUUCCCCCUGGUUUCUACCAAAUUAUGCACCCCUCUCUCUCUCUCAGAAAAAGAGAACAACAACA